UGCAUACUACAUAUCAUCAUCCCCUACAAACUACAAGCCAAAAACAAACAAACAAGUGUGUGUUUGUGCACGCGCGUCUAGAGCUCAAUGGCUUCGAACCAAGAACACAAGCCACACGCUUUGUUCAUACCCGCUCCGGCUCAAGGACAUCUCAACCCGAUGAUAAAACUAGCCAAAAUCCUCCAUUCCAAAGGCUUCCUCAUCACCUUUGUCAACACCGAAUUCACCCACCGCCGUCUUGUCAAAUCGCAAGGCUUGGACGCCCUCAACAGCGUCUCUACGUUCCGGUUUGAAGCCAUUCCUGACGGUCUUACGCCACCUGAGAACACUGAAGUGACCCAGAAUGUGUAUGAUAUAUGUAGAUCCACACAAGAGAAUUGUUUGCAGCCCUUUAAAAGCCUUAUUGCUAAGUUGAGUGUCGCCUUUUCGCCGGUGACUUGUAUAGUGUCGGAUUUACUCAUGGGUUUCACACUUGAUGCUGCCAAAGAACUUGGUAUUCCAGAGUUUAUAUUCUCCACUGGUGGUGCUGGUGCUCUUUUAUGUAGUGAACAAUUUCCCAUUCUUCUUGACAAGGGUUUGAUGCCACUCAAAGAUCCAAGUUAUUUAGUAAAUGGAUAUUUGGACACAAUAGUAGAUUCUAUACAUGGUAUGGAAGGUAUACCUCUAAAAUACAUCCCACCUUUCAUUAGAUACAUCAAUCCAGGUGAUGAAUUCAUGGUGGAAUUCACAAAUGCACAAAUCAAAAAAGCGAAAACAGCUUCGGGCAUUAUCUUCAACACGUUUGAUGAUCUAGAACAUGACGUUUUGGACUCGCUAGCUUCGAUAUUUCCUCCAUGUUAUGGAGUCGGUCCAUUGCAUUUACUCGAAAACAAGAUAGCCGAUAAAUCACUAGCAUCCAUCGGGUCGAACCUCUGGAUGGAAGAACCCGAAUGCAUAAAAUGGCUAGACACAAAACCAGCAUCCUCGGUUGUUUAUGUAAAUUUUGGUAGCAUUACCGUCAUGACACAUCAACAACUAGUCGAGUUUUGUUGGGGCCUCGCUAAUAGCAAACAUUCGUUCUUGUGGAUAAUGCGUGCGGGGCUCGUGGAUGGCGAGUCUGACGCGCUUCCACUAGAGUUUUUUCAAGAGACAAGUGGUAGAGGGAUGUUGGCAGGAUGGUGCCCUCAAGAACAAGUUAUAAACCAUCCGUCUAUAGGAGGGUUUUUGACGCAUAGUGGAUGGAACUCUACGGUUGAAAGUAUUUCAAGUGGGGUGCCUAUGAUUUGUUGGCCGUUUUUCUCGGACCAGUUCCCGAAUUGUUGGUUGAGUUGCACGAAAUGGGGAGUUGCGAUGGAGAUCGAUAGUGACGUAAAAAGGGAUGAAGUCGAGAGGCUCGUGGUCGAGUUGAUGGCCGGAGAAAAGGGGAUGGUUAUGAGGAAAAAUGCCAUGAAUUGGAAAAACAAGGCUAUUGCUGCAAGUAGUGUUCCUGAUGGUUCUGCUGUGAUUGAUUUGGAGAAACUGAUUAAUGAACUAAAGAAAGUUCCAAAAUGACACAUGGUUCAUUUUAAAAUGUGUCUUUUUGUCAAGUGUUAUGUUUUAGUGGCAAGUUAAUAAGAAUAUCAUGAGUUAAAAACUAUUCAAAUCCAUUAGUUUUUAUAUAACUAAUUAUGGUUUUUU